ACAAUCCAUGGCAUUUUAAAGAGUUGCACUUCCUCUUUCUCCUUCCUCAUCAGAUCAACCAAACAGCGAUAAAGAGAGAUGGCGGAGCUUCAGCGAUCUGUGCAAACGUUCAGGAGAUCAGGCUCCUCCGGGCUGCAGUGGGGGGAGACCUCCCUCGCCGGCGACAAGCUCGGCAAGGAAGGAGGCGGCGGGGAAGCUGAGCUCCGCCGAUCACGAAGCGUCGGAACGUCCAGCGGUACUGCCGACUCCUCCCGGCGAUGCCGAGAGCGUGACCAUGACGGCGAGAAGCAACCGGCCUUCCGUACGCGCGGACCCAUUUCGCCGGCCGAGGACCCGCCGUCGCCGGGGGUAGGCGGGUGCGUCCUCUGCGUGAUCUUCGCCAAGCCCAGCAAGAGGAAGCAACCGAGCAACCCGAGGAGGCGCUAAACAAACACCUCGUCUUCCAUGUGUGCCAUAGAAGAUAUGCCUGUGUCUCAGUGCUUUGUGUUAUUCGAUAAGUUUGUGUCUUAAAAUUAAAGAAAAGGAAUAGAAAAAGGAAUUCCAUGUAAAGGAAAAGAAAAAGGAAAUUUAUUUCACGAAUAGAGUUUAAUAUUCAAGAGACCACAGGCAGCAAACAAGGUAGACUAAACAGACCAUUUAAGGAUAAACCAUUGUCAGAGGCACAUAUUCACUUCAUUGUUGCACAAGUAUUCAGAAUUAUGUAAA